AUGGCGCAAAACACUGUGUUCGGUUGGGUAUUGCUCGGGAACGCGACCAAUUUACAAAGGCAGCUCAAAUCUAUAACCACCUUACACUGUGAAACGCAACUAACCGAGCGGGUCAACAAGUUCUGGGAACUCGAAGGGUUACGUCCGAGAAAGCAUUACACUCCCGAAGAACUCACCUGUGAACAACUUUUCGACGACACUACCGAGCGAGCUAACGAUGGUCGAUACAUCGUGCGCUUACCACUGAAGAAAUCCGUACCGAUAUGUGAAUCUAGAAGUAUUGCGGUCCGAGCAUUUCUCCGAAUGGAGAAGAGGUUUGCUACUGACAAACAACUCUAUCGAGAUUAUUGUAAGUUCAUGGAAGAACUUGUUGACUUAGGCCAUAUGGAGCUAGCUGGUGCCGUUACAGACGACGCGUACUACAUGCCGCAUCAUGCCGUGGUAAAACAUUCAAGUGCCACGACCAAGCUCAGAGUAGCAUUCAACGCGUCCAUGAAGAAGACAUCAUCCGGAAACUCGCUCAACGAUGCUCUGAUGGUAGGGCCGCAGCUAGAACGAGACCUAUUCUCCAUACUAGUUCGUUUCCGCACGCAUUGCUAUGGGCUGAUCGCGGAAAUCGAGAAAAUGUACCGCCACGUUUACGUAGCAAAACAAGACGCUGACUAUCAACGUAUAGUAUGGCGUGAGAACUCAUCACAACCCAUUCGCAAUUAUCGCCUUCUAAGAGUAACGUAUGGAGUGGCGUCGGCAUCGCAUCUUGCUGUGAAAUCGUUACAUCGCGCUGCGCCGGAUGUAGGCGAUGCAUACAAAGGGGUCGCUGAUGUCUUUACAAGGGAUUUCUACAUGGAUGAUUUGCUAACGGGGUCGGACUCCCUGCAUGGCUUAAUCACGCUCCAGAAAGAUGUCGCCUUCGUAUUGUCUCGGAGCGGUUUUGAAUUGCGAAAAUGGGCUACGAACUGUCAGCCGUUACGAGAACGAAUACCGCACGUUUCCAAGCAAGUUUUGCAUCUUUUAGCUGAAGGAAAUAAAAUCCGCACUCUGGGCUCCGUUUGGCACACCGAUAAAGAUUUGCUUUCUAUUGCUGUCAAUCUACAAGAAUUGCCUGACCAGAUCACAAAACGCGCGUUUUUAUCCGACUCAAGCAAGACAUUCGAUCUGCUUGGAUAA